UAAUCUACAAGGACUUGUGGAAUGGAGAGAGAGAGAAAAAAGGUUUGACGAUUAGGAAACGAGAAAGCGAGACAAAGGUUCAGUGACAAACCCAAGGUUACAAAGCGCGUUCAGUCUUCUCUUUACCAAAAUCACUACUCUCUAUCCCAAUCUAAACUAAAGAAUUUCUAAUCAAUUGAUAAAACGCCAAACAAUUGCUGAUAGAGAUCAAUAAUGGAUUCUCUCAAUUCACAGCAACUAUCGAAGGUUUGAUUUGAUACCCUCUCUCUCUUUUAUCUGUCGUCGAAGACAAAAUCCUUUCUGGGUUUGCCUCUGAUUUGUGUUUCCAAUCGAUGGCCACUGUUAUUAAGAUCUGUGGAUUUACAUGCUAUAAAAUCGUGAUAUAGUUUGGUGGGUACUGGCUAUUUCUAGGGUUUUCGCUUUCGAGUUGCUGGAAAAUUGUUCCUGCUGCUUAAUUCUGAUGUAUCAAAUUCAACUUGAUCAAAUACUAAAGGAUAGAUAUAUAUAGAAAGAGAGCGAGAGAUUGCAUAAUCAAUAGAAUAAGCUGUCUUCCUGGUAACGAAGAAAGAUGCAAUCUAGAAGGCAUGAUGACUACGUGACACUAUCUCCAUCUUCAAAGCUACAUAAUCAACGUAGAUGUGAAGUAGGACAUGACUCUUUUUCAGUAUCUCGCCGAGAUUUCGUGGAUCGGUCUCCUCGCCUGCAGAGGAGUUUAAGUCCUCAUAGUAAGAUUGAUGGGUCUAGAAGGGUAUUAAUAAGGCAAGGAAGAAGCGGUUCAACUGAAAGGAGGGAGUACAGUUGGCAUCUAGGUGCUAGCAUGGCUGAAAAGGUCCUCUCUGGUUCGCCCCCUUCUGUACAAAAGCACAGAAAGCCUCACUUUGAUGAGGUUGCUGCACGUAGCAAAUAUGAAUAUGCUGAUGAUUUCAAUUAUGGAGACAGUAAAAGUAAUAGACUAAAGCAUGUUAAUGGGUAUGAUCAUGUUGCUUCUUCUAGAAUUUGUAAAGAGAACGAUUUUAGUGAAAACAGGUUUCCGGGUAAUGAUGGGCAUGCGAUAAUGGGGCAGAAGUUGGUGCCCAUGGAAGGUGGAAUUAUAAGAGGGUUGCAUCAUGGACCUCCAGAUUUCAUUCCUGCCCCAAGUUAUGGGAAAACUGGUGAGCGUCUACAGUUGCAAUCCCGGCAAAUGGAUAUGAACCAGUUUGAGAAUGAGAAACUUGGGUAUCUGCAGCCUAUAUCCCCAGAUAAGAUACCACUAAUGGGAUUACACAAAGGGGAAAAACCUAUGUUUUGCUUGAGGGAGAAUUCAUACACAACAAACCCAGCUUAUCUCUCUAAGGGUUUUGGGACCUCUAAUUUCAAAGAUUUUGCUGGCACAUCUUCAGGUGUCUCAAGGGGUGCGUUUCCGAGUUCUUACAGGGAAGGUGUGCCCCUGUCUGCUUCUGAUGAAUAUCCAAGGAACAUUAUGAAACUCACAGAACCUGUGGAUUUAAGCACAAAUGGUCAAAGGUCAGCUGUAGAUUUAAGAAAUGUAGAAACUGGUAAGAGAAUUCUGACAAGUUAUCCUUAUGUUGCCCCUAGCCCAAACAGAACAGAACAUGAUGAUUACCUUUACCCUAAAUCACAGGGAUUAGUGAAUGAAGACAUUGCCUAUCCAUCUGAUGAAUUCUACAAAAGGAUGCCACCAUGCACUCAGUUAGAUCAUGAGCUAGCUCGAGCAGAUUUUGAGUAUGGAGAAUUGUCAAGAAUGAGUAUUAUGUGCCCUAUCGAAGAAAAGACUGAUCCAAUGCCAGAUUCAUACAGAAAAAGGAAAAAUAACAGUACAUGGGACCAUGCUAUACGCAAGCAGGCAGCUAUGGGGGGCCUUGGCACAAGUAGAAUAUCAUAUGCACCAAAGCAUAGUGGGGAAUAUUUGGGUUCUGAAUAUUCUCGAGUUGAAUUUGGAAGGAGAGUCUCACAAGAUAGCGAAGUAUCUCAUUUGGAUGUAACACAGGAUCAACAAACCUCACAUUUGAGAUCAAAUUAUGGAUUUGGAAGAGAUGCAGGUCCUCAGUUUGAAAAAGAAAGAUUAGUGGAUCCUGUUAUGUCCAUGUAUGACUUGCAUGUGCAGAAAUUUUCUGUCAAAAGGCAGAGAAUGGAGGAGCUUGCCAUAUAUGAACCAUCUAAUAAAUUGCUCAAAAGAAAUUACAGUGUGAAGGAAGAUUUAAAUAGUUGUGAUCCAAGAGCCAUUGUGUCAAGCAAACGGUAUGCAUCUCUAGAAUACAAGGAUGCAUAUGACAGUGGUGAGGAAUGGAUUGAGGAAAAUCUAAAUUCUUUACAUCCAUCUAGGACUCAGAGGUUUGACCACAAUGCAUACAGAAAGGCUAAGAGGACAUAUGAUGGGCAAGACCAUGAUGGAGAUUUUGCCUCUGAAGACUGGUUGUCUUCUCAAGAUUCUUUGGCGCAUUCACGAAAGCAAUCCAUUAGAUAUUAUAAACCAAGUGUUAAAUAUAUGAAGGGUCAUCCAAAAUCUGGUUCUUUAAGCUGGUAUAACUCACAUCAGACUGAUAAAAGAAGUGGAAUUUACAGAAAGCACAAAACUUGGAAAAGAAAUGAAGAAUAUGAUGAGGCUGAACGGGCAAAUGAUGAUGAUCCAUCAGAAGAUUGGGUGAAUAUGGCAGACUCUGAGCCAUGUGAGGAUUCUGUGGAAUUUAAGCAACUGGUUCAUCAAGCCUUUUUAGAUUAUUCUAAGAAAUUGAAUUUGAGCUUGGCGGUUCGAAGAAGAUACAAGGAGCAAGGAAAAGCUGGUAGUUUGUUCUGCAUUGUAUGUGGCAGAAGCUCAUCAAGGGAUUUCAUGGACACUCAACGCUUGGUAACACAUGCUUUCAUGUCUUACAAGUAUGGGUUGAGAGCCCAGCACCUGGGUCUUCAUAAAGCAAUAUGCGUUUUGAUGGGGUGGAAUACUUAUGUGUCUUGUGAUACGAGAACUUGGGUUCCAGAUGUCUUGUCUAGUGCAGAAGCUUGGGCUCAGAAGGAGGAUCUGGUUAUCUGGCCUCCACUUGUUAUCAUCCACAAUAUCUCUAUGUCAAAUGUCAAUCCAGAUCAACAGAAGGUUGUGCCUAUUGAAGGGGUAGAAGCUUUUCUUAGAGGUAAAGGUUUUGUUGGGGGAAAAAUCAAGGUAUGCCUAGGUAAACCUGCUGACCAAAGUGUUAUGUUGAUAAAGUUUUUGGGCACCUUCACUGGACUUGGAAAUGCAGAGAGACUUCAUGAAUAUUUUGCUGAGAAAAAACGCGGGAGAGAAGAAUUUGAACGCAAAACAUCCAAUGCUAACAAAAGCAGCAAUGGUUUUGAAGCAGAAAUACAGGGAGACAUGUUGGAGGAUCGCCUACUAUAUGGAUACAUGGGGGUUGUGGAUGACUUGGACAAACUUGAUUUUAAUACCAAGAAGUGGAUCUCGGUGAAGAGCAAGAAGGAUAUUCAAGAUCUGGAGAAUGAUCCUGUUAAAACUGAUGAUAGAUAGCCAUCUCAAUAUUGCAAUUAAGGGAGCGAAGAGGGCUCUGCCCUGCUCCAUCCAGGCACUAAAAUUUCCAAGGAUCCCCUGCUCCACCUCCUUCAGGUUGGAAUACUGGCUCUGCCAGCCAUUGACAGUUACUAAUUUGUAAGUCAUGGAAGUAACACAUGCUACGGAUCAAGGAAGAUGGAGAAAAGCAUUUGGUGAUUAAGCUUAAAAUUUUGUGCAAGAUUUUGCUUUAUCUUUUUCGCACUGGGCAUUUUAGCCAGAUAGUACAUGAAGCUAUGUACACAGAUUUAAAUUCCAAGUAUCUCUUAUGAUCUUAGCUUACAAAUGUAACAUGUGUUAUUACCCA